UUCGAAUUUAAAAACCUAAAACCCUAGAACCUGCUUCUUCUAGACCCUUCUUUCCUCUUCACAACUACACCGAACAACAGAGCAUUACCACCUCUGCUUUGUUCCUCCAAAACCUCCACCCACUCUUCUCUAUCUCUCUCUAGAGUGCGAUACGACUUGUAACUUAUACCCUGCAAAAUCUAUAAUCUCUUGGGCUAUAAUAUGUACCGUUUUGCAGCAAAUCUUGCCUCCAAAGCUAGGGUCGCUAACAACAGCGCCAAUCAGAUUAGUAGUAGGUUGAGUUGGAGCAGAAACUAUGCUGCUAAAGACAUUAGAUUUGGCGUGGAGGCUCGGGCUUUGAUGCUUAAGGGUGUUGCAGAGCUCGCCGAUGCAGUUGAAGUGACUAUGGGCCCAAAGGGGCGUAAUGUGGUGAUUGAACAAAGUUGGGGUGCACCCAAAGUGACAAAAGAUGGUGUUACUGUUGCGAAGAGCAUUGAAUUCAAGGACAAAAUCAUGAAUAUUGGUGCAAGCCUUGUAAAACAGGUCGCCAAUGCUACCAAUGACGAGGCUGGUGAUGGUACUACUUGUGCUACGGUCCUGACCCGUGCAAUAUUUACCGAAGGGUGCAAGUCAGUUGCAGCAGGUAUGAAUGCAAUGGACCUUAGACGUGGCAUCACUAUGGCUGUUGAUGCUGUGGUAACAAACUUGAAGAGCAGAGCACGGAUGAUAAGCACAUCUGAAGAGAUAGCACAGGUUGGUACAAUAUCUGCAAAUGGAGAAAGGGAAAUUGGUGAGCUGAUUGCGAAGGCUAUGGAGAAAGUUGGCAAAGAGGGAGUCAUCACAAUUCAAGAUGGAAAGACUUUGUAUAAUGAAUUGGAAGUUGUUGAAGGAAUGAAGCUGGACCGGGGCUACAUAUCCCCAUAUUUUAUCACCAACCAGAAGACCCAGAAAUGCGAAUUGGAUGACCCUCUGAUUCUGAUCUAUGAGAAGAAAAUCUCGAUUAUAAAUGCUGUUGUGAAAUUAUUAGAGUUGGCCUUGAAGAGACAAAGGCCCCUGCUGAUUGUUGCGGAAGAUGUGGAAAGUGAUGCCCUUGCAACUCUUAUUCUCAAUAAGCUUCGUGCUGGAAUCAAGGUUUGUGCCAUAAAAGCUCCUGGCUUUGGAGAAAAUAGGAAGGCCUGUCUGCAGGAUCUUGCCAUUCUUACGGGAGGCGAACUUAUAACUGAGGAACUUGGUAUGGACCUGGAUAAUGUGGAUUUGGAUAUGCUUGGCUCCUGUAAAAAGGCCACAGUAUCCAAGGAUGACACAAUUAUUCUUGAUGGUGCCGGUGAUAAGAAGGCCAUAGAGGAAAGAUGUGAACAGAUAAGGGCAACAAUCGAAUCAAGUACGUCUGACUAUGACAAGGAGAAGUUGCAAGAAAGAUUGGCCAAGCUUUCUGGUGGUGUUGCUGUGUUGAAGAUUGGAGGAGCUAGUGAAAUUGAAGUUAGUGAAAAGAAAGACAGAGUUACGGAUGCACUAAAUGCCACAAAGGCAGCUGUAGAGGAAGGAAUCGUACCAGGCGGUGGUGUUGCUCUUCUAUAUGCAUCAAAAGAAUUGGAAAAACUGCCAACAGCCAACUUUGAUCAGAAGAUUGGUGUCCAGAUUAUUCAGAAUGCCCUAAAGACACCUGUGUAUACAAUUGCCUCUAAUGCCGGGGUAGAGGGGGCUGUUGUUGUUGGCAAGCUGUUAGAGCAGGAUAACUCUGAUCUUGGUUAUGACGCAGCCAAAGGUGAAUAUGUAGAUAUGGUUAAAGCCGGAAUUAUUGACCCAGUAAAAGUAAUAAGAACAGCCUUGGUUGAUGCGGCGAGUGUGGCAUCCCUAAUGACGAUAACUGAGGCUGUUGUAGUUGAGAUUCCCAAGGAUGAGAAGGAAGCUCCAGCAAUGGGCGGCGCCGGCAUGGGUGGCAUGGAUUAUUGAUGGUGCUGAUACAAGCACUUGAACUUAGGGUUUUACCCAUUUGCUGAUUUAUUUGUGAGAUCAAAGACGUCCAUGUAUAGUGAGAGAUAAGUAUGUUGAAGUUUUGAUAAUGUAGAAUAAAAGAGUCAGAUUGCGGCUAGAAAGUUCUUUCACUCAUUUCUUCAAGUAGCAAUGUAUCAUCUUUCCUGCAUAAUUAGAAAUUCAGUGAAUUCUCUUCUUGCAUGGUUGCUAACUAAGUCACUGGGGAUUGCUCAAUUAUGGG